AUGGAAGAACUUCUUCUCCACGAUCAAGGCUGUCUACGAUUCGCCAACCAAAGGAACUGCACCUCUUCUCAGCGCCGACGGAAAUACCCUACUUACCGAGAAGACACAAAUACUAGAGCGUUGGGCUGUUCACUUCAGAGGCAUCCUCAACCAUCUCCGACGCCGCCAUCGACCGUCUGCCUCAAGUGGAGAUCAAGGUCAACCUUGACCUCCCGUCCUCUCCACGAAACUAUCAAGGUCGCGCAGCAGCUCUCCAGCAGGAAAGCGCCCGGAUCGGACCCGAUUUCUGCUGAGAUCUACAAGCACGGUGGCCCCCAACUCAUGGAUUAUCUAACGGCCCUCUUCCAGGAGAUGUGUUGUCAAGGCGAAGUCCGCAGGAUUUCAAGGACACCACAAUCUUCCAACUCUACAGGCGCAAAGAGAGACGCCAAAUCUGCGACAACCAUCGAGGCAUUUUCCUGUUGAACAUCGCCUGAAUAAACAUCCGGAAAGCAAGUUCGGCUUUCGCCAUCACCGUGUAACCCCCGACAGGGUCUUCGCCGUCCGCCAAAUGCAGAAGUGUCAGGAGAUGGGGACCCGCCUGUACUCUGCCUUCGACAUGGUGAAUCAUGAAGGACUGUGGAAAGUUAUGCAGAGAUUCGGCUGUCCCGAAUUAUUCACUCAGAUGGUGUGUCAGCUCCACGAUGACAUGAUGGUACGAUUCACGGACAACGGAGUUGUCUCAGAGGUAUUCUCAGUGACCAGCAGAGUGGAGAAGGGCUGCGUCCUCGCGCCUACCCUCGUCGGUCUCAUGUUCUCUGCCAUACUGAUGGACGCCCAUCGUGACGAACGCCCCGGGAGCCGCAUCGCCUACAGGACGGACGGCCACCUCCUCAACCAAAAGCGGAUGCACUUCCAGUCGCGUGUAUCCACAGCCACCGUCUACGAACUUCUGUUUGCCGAUGACUGCGUCCUCAAUGUAUAUGCUGAAGGAGACAUGCAAAGGAGGAUGGACCUCUUCUGCGCCGUCUGCGUGAACUUUGGUCUGGUCAUCAACCUGGAGAAGACGGUGGUCAUGCAUCAAGCGCCACCUAACACAGCCCCUCCCCCCAACGCGCCGCAAAUCAGCGUGAACGGAACCCAACUGCAAGUGGUGGACAACUUCACUUAUCUGGACAGCACCAAAAUCGAUGACGAAAUCGCCCGCCGGAUUUCCAAGGCCAGUCAAACCUUCGGCCGUCGUCAAAACACAGUUUAG